AUGGACAAAUCAUCGAAAACAUUAAUCAUAGUGGUAGUAAGUGCUUCAACCAUCGUGGCGUUGGGAUUGAUUGCACUUGCGGUUGUCCUUUCGCAACCAGCUGAUCCUGUCGUCGGCGUCAACAGUUUUCGUCCAUCCGUCUAUAGGAAGUACUCCUCAUUCGCUGUUACUUCCGAUUCUCCCCUCUGCUCACAGAUUGGAAGGUCCAUCUUUGAAAAAAAUGGAUCAGCCGUGGACGUUUCGAUAGCAACGAUGAUCUGCAUCGGAGUGGCCAGUCUGUACAGCUCUGGUAUUGGGGGUGGUCAUCUUGCCAUCAUAUAUGAUACUCCGAGAAACGGAAGCAGAAAAGUUUUGACGACCUUAGUAGCGAGGGAGCGAGCCCCAUUGAAGGCAACCGAAAACAUGUUCCAAAAUGCCUCCUCCCAAAUCGGAGGGUUAGCUAUUGCGGUUCCUGGCGAAAUCAAAGGAUUCUAUUCGGCUUGGGAAAAAUUUGGAAGAUUGCAAUGGAGUGACUUGUUUGAACCUACGAUUAAACUUCUCGAGAACGGAUCCUUUAAAGUUGAAAGAGCCUUGGCCAGAGCGAUAUCUAGAGAUUACAAAAAACAACUCUUGAACAGUCCAAGCCUGAUGGCGGUGUAUACAAAAAAUAAUGGAUCGCUCUUAGAAUUUGGCGAUGUCAUCGUUGACCCAAAAUUAGCAGCGACAUUUCGAAACAUAUCAGCCGAUCCUAAAAGUUUCUAUGAAGGACCUCUUGCCAAAGAAAUUGUCAAAGAAAUACAAAGUGCAGGAGGAAUUAUAACAGAAGAAGAUUUAAGAAAAUAUGAAGUUGAAUGGAAGGAACCAACAGCCAUAAAAUUGCAAGGAACCAACUUAACACACCACAGUCUGAAACCUCCAUCCAGCGGAGUUGUACUGGGACUCAUACUGAACAUCCUCGCAGGAUACAAAAUGAAACCGAACGCAUUUGCUAGUGAGAAUAUGGCUUUGACGUAUCACAGAUUGGUUGAAGCAUUUAAAUAUUCUUACGCCGGUAGGAGUAUGUUAGGCGACGAAAACUUUGUGAACGUCACUCAACUUGUGGAAGAAAUGUCUUCGACGCAAUUCGCUGAGUUUAUCAGAGUGAAAAUAGAUGACAGAAAAACUUACGACAAUGCAUCCCAUUACAUGGAUGCUUAUAAUCAAUUCGAAGACCACGGAACGGCUCAUAUAAGUGUGUAUGGACCUGAUGGCUCAGCUGUGGCCAUGACUUCAACUAUCAAUAUUGGAUUUGGCUCAACGAUCAAAGGCUCACAGACGAGUAUUCUCUACAACGAUGAGAUGGACGAUUUUUCAAGUUCAUUAUUAAGCAAUUUUUACGGUUACGCGCCAUCUGCUAACAACUUCAUACAGCCCGGCAAGAUUCCCUUAUCGUCAAUGAGUCCGACCUUCAUCAUGGACUCCCAGCAAAAUAUCAAACUCAUUUCAGGGGCUUCUGGUGGAUCAAGAAUAGUAACGGCUAUUGCUGGGGUUACCAUGAACAGCCUCUGGGCAAAUGAAACGUUGGACAAGUCAGUCGAUCGAGCCCGAGUACAUCACCAACUUCUACCAAGCAAUUUAACUUAUGAGGAAUGGCUUGACCCGAUGUAUAUCAACGAGUUAAAAAGCAAGGGUCACACCAUGCAGUCUGCUGAGUACCUGGCCAUUUUAAAUACGAUCAAAGUGAACUGUGCUGGUGUUGACUGCAUAGAAGCUGUUGCCGAUGGGCGGAAGGGUGGCGAGCCAAAUGGAGUGUAA